GAUAACGCGUAGUGCGUUUCAACAGGGCAAUUGACCUUGUCUUUAUAAAUGACAGCCGUUGUAGUAUAUAUAAUCCUAACCACAAGGCCUGGUUGACUAAUCUACUCGCGCAUAGCCUUUGACUAACGGCUUGUAGUAAGAAAAUUACUGUAUGAUAGCAAAAUAUCAGAAUGGCGCAACUUGCUAGAGAAGUUAUCCUUGGGCGAACAAGCUCCUGCCUUGAUGUUGCCGACUUUACUAGCAUUGCCCCCACUCGCCAAGGCAGUGUAGCACGUGCAGGCUUACCUGAGGAUACUGAUGUUGAGGCCGCAGCACCGCUUCUUACCAGAGCGUCAGAUGAGGCGGUGGCGCGUGCGCCCUCACCGACCCAAGAAGAAGUCGACAGCUUCUCAAGACGUGUACGAUUUGGGAUUAAUGCAAGCUGGGCCGUUAACAUUUUGCUGCUGGUGGCGAAGGUCGCAGCGUUCGUUCUGUCGGGGUCCUACGCUGUUCUCGCCUCAGCAGUAGACAGCCUGGUAGACCUCUUGAGUCAAGCAGUACUUGCGAUUGCGGAAUACCAGGUUUCAAGGUUUGACCAGCGCUUUCCCAUUGGACGUACCCGCAUGACAGAGCUGUCUGUGCUUGCCUGCGCGGGCAUCAUGUUCGUAUCCACUACGUUAGUCAUCCGCGAAUCAAUCGGAGGCCUGUGGGAUGGAUUUCACGGUGAGAUUCCCCCGCUUGAGAUUGGCACGGUGCUGUUCAGCACGCUGGGGGUUGCCACCGUCUGCAAGUUGGCGCUGUACCUGUAUUGCGUCGUGCUGCGCAAGAACCCCAUCAUGGUCGCCCUGUCAGAGGACCACUUAAACGACGUCAUGUCAAACGUAGCCGCCAUUGGAGGCGCCGCUGUGGCCGGCAACUUCCCGCGCUACUGGUAUGUGGACCCCAUUGUGGCCCUCAUCUUCUCUCUGCUCAUCAUCCGCAACUGGAUAGCCAUCUGUUGGGAGCAGGCACAAAAGAUGGUUGGUCUAGCUGCUCCGGAGGAGUUCAUCGAGACGGUCACGUUCAUGACCCAGAACCAUCACCCCGCCGUAGUGAUGUUGGACCGCGUGACCGCCUACCACCACGGCUCCAACAUGGCAGUGGAGGUGGAGGUCAUCAUGCCGGCAGCCAUGACCGUGCGGGAGUCGCACGACAUCGCGCUGGCGUUGCAACACAAGAUUGAGGCGCUGGAGGGUGUGGAGCGAGCGUUCGUACACGUGGACUAUGAGCGGCGAUCCGUGGAGGAGCACAAGGUGGAGCGCAACCUCAAGCUGGGCGAGAAGGACAUCAUGAAACCGCUCGCCGGCUACGACGCGCCCUCACCCGUCUCCCGAGCGGCCUCCCAGUCCAACGGAGCCCUCCCCGCCGGGCCGCAGCUCAGCGGUCGGAGCACCAACGGCCAGCCAUCGGGGGCCCUUGUUGCUGCUGCUGUUGCGGCCCCAGCAGGCGCUGAACCCGCAAGCGGCUGCACAGCGGCAAGUGGAGGGCCGGCGUCGGGGGCGGGUGUGGUACCGCCUGGGAUGGGUGGCAGGCCGGGGACGUCUGCUGCCGCGGCGGGUCAUGUGCAGGGCGGGCAGCAGGGUGCGAGUGGCAGUGCCAAGGGCUGCUGCUGCAGUGGAAGCGGUGGAGUGGUCGCACAGCGCAGCGGCAACGGUGAUGGCAAGUGACAUGAGGCACAUGCGUACCAUGGGUAUACCUGACCCGAGGGCGGGCACAGCGGAGGUGCUUGAGGAGCCCUAGGGCGUGUCUUGUGUAGCAUUGGGCAGGGGGCCGGGGUUAGGGGGCCGCGUAUUGGCGGAGGGAGGGAGCGUGGUGGCAGUGGAGGCCUCAAGCGGAGCUUGUAGGCCGGCGGCAAAACCAGACGAAUGUAUUGUGGAAAGGCGGCACGACACAGGAUGGGUGCCGUAUUGGUUCACCACAGUGUUCCUGUCAUUCUGUCAUGAAUGAUUUCUGAAACCUGAGCGUAAGCAUUAAUAGCGCCCGUACGACAACGCAGGGGGUGGACCAGAGCACACCUCAGCCUCCUGUGUCUUGAAUUUCGCCCUUAUAUUCUUUGUAUGUGGCAUAUGGCUGUCGUUGCGUACUAGUACCGUAUACGGGACGACCUGGCCCUAUUAUUGGCCGUAGAUGGCAAUAAUAAGUGUGUUCUCUGUAUUGCACGAGUCUGCUGCUGCGCUGGAAGUGCCCAACAGAUGAGGUGCAAGUUGAACCACGACUCAGUGUGUUGUCUUUGUUAGGACUGCUUUCAAGAUGAUAAGAUGUCCACGUGAGGCAGCAGCAGUGCGCUGAGAAAGCGAAGAUUGCCCUUCUGACCUGUACGCGCAUGCUGCACUCCUGUGGCUUCUGUUGCCAUGUUUCAGUUGCAAGGGACAUGGCCCCUGGCAGGGCUCCUCAGCCUUGUUGUGUGUUGAGUGGGUGGUGAGAUGAAACCCCUGUAUGUGCUACGGUAAUGCAGACCUGUUGGCUAUUUCAUACCGACCGUACAUUAUUUUGUAGUUACUCUCGACGUAUGUACUGUGGGACAAGCGGACAACUCACUCGUCGGAAUUGUGUGGGAUGACUUUGGAAGUGUUGCCGGUCGGGUGUUUCUAUUGUUGCGCAGCGCAAUAAAUGGCUGUGGUAGUCUUGUAGUGCUUUCCCGGAC